AUGUAUCUGACCUCAUUAAGACUUGAAGCUGAAGCAUCAACGAAAGAGAAGGCUCUUAUAGCCGAAGAAGCUGCAGCAAUCGCAGAAGAAAUCCGGAAAACCGAGUCCAAAAUCGACUCAACCGAGGAAAAGUUGCAGGCAGCUGUGGGGGAACUAGAAGCAGUUAAGUCAGCAGAGGCUUCAGCUCUAGAAAAGUUGAGAUCUCUCAUACAGACUACAAUGCAAUCUAGAGCUUCAGCAUCCGAUCGGAAUUCCACGAUUACUAUAUCGAAAUUUGAGUACGAGUACUUGACCGGACGUGCGGUUGGAGCUGAAGAAAUUGCUGAUAAAAAAGUUGCUGCAGCUCAGGCAUGGAUUGAAGCUCUCAAGGCUAGUGAAAGGGAGAUAUUGAUUAAAAACAAAAUGGCUCAAAGUGAUCUCAGGGAGAUGAGGGUAGAGGAAGAAGAAGAAGAAUAUCGAACCCAAAGGUCACUUUCAGCUAAGAAAAUGAUAGAGAAAGAACCAAGAAACUGGCAACUUGUUGAACAAAACAAGCAAUCAUCAUCCAAUAGAAGGCCAAUGAAAAGCAAUGGCAAUUCGACACCGUUAGGAACAUCGAAGUUCCGUAGAUCAUUGUCACCGGCGAUACGGGUGAGUGGAUUGACCCCAUUCAGCAUUAAGAAGAAGAAAAAGGAGAUACCAAAUCUAGCCAAGCUUUUCACAGGUAAGAAAGUUGAUAAAGAUGCUUAA